AUGGGUGCUUCUCAGAGCCGCGAGGGCCGUGAAUUCACCGAUUCCGACUCCGAUUACGACGAACAAGAAGAUGAAUCAGUAGAAGACGAAUACCAAGACGCACAAUCUCACUCUCAACCCCAUUCCCAUUCCACUCAACUCGACGAAGUAGACGCUAAACUCAAAGCCUUAAAACUCAAAUACCCUUCUUCUUCACCUUCACCUUCACCUAAAAACACCGUCAAACUUUACCUUCACAUCGGCGGCAACACUCCCAACGCCAAAUGGAUCCUCUCCGAUAAACGCACUUUCUACACCUUCGUCAAAAUCGAAGAAGAUAACGACAACGACGACGAAGAUGAACAAAACGACGCCGCUCAAGGUCCUUGGAUUCUCAAAGUCGGUUCCAAAAUUAGCGCUAGGGUUUCCACUGAACUUCAAUUGAAGAUGUUCGGUGAUCAACGUCGGGAUCAUACAUUCGAGAAUGUUUAUGGUCUCGCCCCAACUGAAGAGAACAAGAUCAAGGUUUACGGCAAGGAGUUUAUCGGUUGGGUGAAGCCUGAAGUCGCGGAUGAUUCGGUUUGGGAGGAUGCUUCGGAAGAUGGUUUCCGGAAGAGCCCUGAACCGUAUCGAUCUAGAGGUGAUUUGAUGGAGGAGUUCGAAGAGGCUGCGAACGGAGGGAAUUCGCAAGGGUGUUGA